AAUUAAAAUUGUUUGUGAAGGAGUGAUCGCGCAUGGAGCUCGGGGAGAGAAGGAGAGGAAUGACCGGGAGGAAUGACUGAGUUUAAACCACCUCCAGCCUUUAAGUUGCUGUCAGAAACACUAACAAAUCUGGCUUUCAGUAUCAGAGACAUUCUUGAUGAAUCACAAAAAAGUUUUAAAGAUUCAGUUGAUGAUUUCAUGUCGGUGAAUGUAUCAAAACUUGGAAAAAGUAUUGGAGUUAUUUCUAAUGCAUUGAUAAGUUUGAAAGUAAGUAGUUGGGAGGCUCUUGAGGUGGUGUGCAAGAGGAAUUUCUGCCAUCUUGAAAUUCAGAAAGCAUUUGAAGACCUGCAAGAGGUACAGCAAGAUUGGGACAGCUUCUUGGAUGAUGUAGACAUCACACUUAAAUGCAACUCACCUACUAGUCAGAUUAUGCAAGGGGACAAAAUACCCCAAGAUAUGUCGCUAAUCUGUACUAAAGACUUGAGUACAAAGAACCUUAGGGAAUAUGUGAAAGAGAACGGAAAUUCAUUGAUACUUGUUCUGUUGCGGCACUUUGCGUGACUUCCGUGACGUGAUCACGUCAGGCAACUUCAGGACAGACGAAUGGAACUUGCAGAGCUUGGUGGAAACGUGAUUGUGGUUUCAUUUGGGUCUGCCGUUGGUGCCAGACAGUGGAUCGCGUCUACAGAGUGUGAAUUUCCAUUAUUUUUAGAUGAGAAUAGACAGUUAUAUAAAACAUUUGGCCUGGGCAGGUCAAUUAGAAAAGUAUGGAAUAUGGAGACAAUGAAGUAUUAUGCGGAACAGAAAGCCUGUGGAAGAAGUUUACCAAAGAAGUUUGAAAAUGUUGAAGAUGAUCCACACCAGAUGGGUGGAGAUUUUGUUGUCGACUCUGAGGGUAUUCUACGUUUAAAGUACUGCAGCAAGGUGCCUAAUGACCGUCCAUCAGUAGAGCACCUAUUGACUGUUGUGAAGAAAUGUCAAGAAGAGAGAUGUGAUGGACCACCAGCAUCCAAGAAUCUGAAGACGACACAGCUUAUCAAAGAAGACAACCUGGGUUAAUGAUAAAAUGCAGCAUCAUGAAAGGUGUUUAAAUUAGUAAAAACUGUAUUUUACCAUACUAGUACAGGUGAAUUAUAAAUUAUGUAUAAUCAGGAGACUUGCUUACAAAAUGAUGGAUUACCCAUAAUGCAUUGAUGAAGGAUGUAGUUGAAACCAUAGCGGAGGUUACAUCUGGAAUAUGAGCAUUAAUGUACACACAUUGUUGCAAGCAUAAAUACAUAAAUUUAAGUUCUCAUAAUCUCAAAAGCUCCAAUGAGGGCAGUAUAAUAGAGCCAGUAGAGCUAAAAAAGGUAAUUAAUUAGCUGAGUAUUUCUAGAACUCCUUAUGAGGGCAGUACUGUAUAAUGAAGGUAGUAGAGCUAAAAAAGUUCUAUUAAUCUGUCAACUAAUCAACCUCAUGAGGGCAGUAUAAUAGAGGCAGUAGAUCUGAAAAGGAUUUUAUUAUUAGCCGAGUGUUUCUAGAGCUCCUCAUCAGAGCUAAAAAGAAAAUAUUGUCUUAAAUCACAUUCUACUUGAUGAGUACAUAUUUAUUAAUUAACUGCAAUUAUAAACAAUUACUGAAUAUAUUUUUCAUAUAUAGUAAUAGAAAAUAAUCAAUCAAAAAAUUGAUGAUGAACUAAACUCUAAGGUACAUCCAAGGAUCUUUACCUUCAACCAAUUUAAGUAUGUGAUAGUAGAUUUCUCAAGCACUACAAUAAAAUUAAAUUAUUGGCUGUAA